CAAGAAAGCUGACGUCACAUCCGGGUUGAUUUGAGUGUGUCUUGCGCCAAAAAAAAAAGUUUCUCUGCACAGCAAACAAAGACAUUUCUGAUGUGUACCACAGUGGAUAAUGCUGAAAUAAUCAUCCUCAGUGAUGAUGAGGAGGAGGAUAAAGAAGACUGUUACACCUCUUGCAAUGAAACCUCAGUGCUCAUUGUGGAGAUGGAGGAAGUGAAGAAGAAUGAAUGUGUUUUAUCUGCCAGCGCUCUGGAAGAAGACCUGGUUGUCACCUUCUCUCGUCGUGCUGAAGUGCUGCCUCAUGCACGCUACGAUUGUCCCAUACAUCCUUUCAUGGCUACAGAUAAUGAGGUUGGUGCUCCAGUGGCUGACAACAAGCUCUUUUGUGAUCAGUGCUUCUGUUACAUCUGUGACAAGCUGGCUUCAUCGUGUGAAAUGUGGACAUACAAUGGUGUGUGUCACAGCAACAGCCACAAGAGGAGCGACUUUUGGAGCAACCAAAGAAACACGGCGCUGCUGGGAAGACUGAAGAGUUUCAACCUCACUCUGUCUGAAAUAGACGCUCACCUUCGACAAGCUGAGGUCAUGCUUCAGAACUUCAGAAAAGAGCUCUCUGUGUGCUUUUCUGCCUUCCUGACGGGAAAGCCGGCGGAGGACUAUGGUCUUACAAACAAGCAGGGUUACAUCCAUGAUUACACACAGGUAUACGAGUUAAUUUCAUCGUUUCUGAACGAGGCAGAUAAACUACACAGCAAAGCUGCAGCCAUUAUGUAUCUGGGAGCUGCAGAGGACUUCAUCCAGCAUUAUCACGCAUCAGGGACAUUAAUCCUCCAGUCUCCAACAGCAAAUGCAGCUCAAGCCAAAGUGAUUUUAUUUAAUAGGGUAAUAGCAUCGCUGCAGAGACAGAUGGUAACAGCUCAUUUUACUCCAGACUUCAUCCUCAAACUGCAGCAGUUUUAUAAGAGAUUGUACCUACCUGCUGAGCUGAGGAGCAUGAAGAACAGUCUCUGUGUACGUCCCUGGGAUGACGUCCUACUGGUGUCGGUGAUGAAAGGGCAGAAUGUUUCGGGUGAACGCAAAGAAAAAGGGAAGAAGGACAUCCUGGUAGAACAGAUGUCAGUAAUUUUACUGAGAAUAGAGACGCUACAGAAGCAGCAAAGGUACCGAGAGCUGUGCCGCUAUCUUCGAAUUGUCCGGGCAGACAACUCCAAACACCUCAAGCAGAUCCAGGACUUCAUUCCGUACUUUUUCUGUCUGGCGGGAGACUUUUCGACAGCUGUGUACAGAUUCUUCCAGUCAGUGAACACCCCCGCCUCCCGCCUCACCCCUCAUCUCUUCCUCUUUUAUUUCUUCAUCUUUAAAACGGCCACAGCACCCAAAGUGAACGUCAGUCAGAUAGAUCAGCCGUGUUACUCUGAUGCGCCGUGGGAGCCAAUCAAAGGUGCAGAGCCUAUGAAGCGUGCUGAGCUGGUGAAGUUCGCUCUCAGGGUUCAGAGAUGCUGCUCUGCUGUCUACGCUGAUUCUCAGUGUUGGGCCACUCUACUCUCACUCGUAAACACGCCUUCUGGUUCCCUCGCUGCUCUUCCUGAACCAAGCCCACGGUUUCUAAAUGAGGCGAAGGAUGUUGUGCAUACGAUAUUACUCAACAUGACUGUGCAUCACAUGCAUAUCCCACAUGUCUUUGUGGAGGUGUACCCCGAUCAGGCCUUGUUGCUGUUGGCAACAGGAGCUUUAGCUUUCAGGAUCGCUGCCGGUGCACUGAGUCCAGCUCUGCCUGUGCUCAAUACGUUUCAGAGACACAUUUGGGCUCUUGAGUUGCUGUGGGAGACUUUGUCUGUGGAGCGUCUCAGCUCCUUCGUACAGGAGGUCACACAGGAGAGUGGAAACACAAGAGAUGGGAGUGCUUACUUAUCCCUUCUUCAUGCCAGACUGCCCACUCUGUCGUCUUCAACAGAGGGCUGGGACCACAAUUACUGCAGUCCAGCAGCCAUUGAACUCUGCUCUGCACUAGUGACAACCCUCUCACAUCCUCAGCCGUCAUAACUUGGCCGUGCCGGUGCUGGAGGUCCUGGCAUACAUUGAGGUCACGGCGCAGUUUUAUCCAGCCUGGAGCAACACAGAAGGACUGAUGAAUGAGCGCGUGGAGGUGCGACUUUAGAAUUUAACAGAGAGACCGGAUCUCAGUGGACUGGUGGAAAAACAUUAAAAGAUUGAGUCACUUUAUACUGCUUCUUCUUUAACUGCCUUAAUUUAAGAGUUCUGUUUAUUUGCUGACAAAACAUCUUUUUACUUUGCAUAUUGACAAGUUGGUGUUUAAAAGGUGAAGUUGAUUGUUUUAAAUGUUUUAUGAACCUUUGUUACAAAAUAAAGAGAAAAAUAGUUUAACUGUA